CCGGUGGGGCCGAGGCUGAGUUGCACCUGCCAGCGCGCACCGCUCUCCCCGCCACCACCAGCACCACCAGUGCCUCCGCGCCGGCCCCGCUGCUCCUAGACUGGACCGAUAGGAGGGAAAUCGCCGGGUCCCCUGCAGGAAAGUGAAUAUACUUGACUGAGAAUGUCUGAGAACCUUGACAAAUCCAGUAUAAAUGAAGCAGGAAAAUCAAAAUCAGAGGAUUCUGAGCAAGGCCUUGAAGAUGCAGUGGGAGGUUCUGAUGAAGCUUUACAGGAAACAAAAAAUUCAGGCUCUCCUAGCACCCAAAGACUGCAGCAAAGACCUCACUCCAGCCCUCCUCGAUUUGUGACCGUAGAAGAACUUCUAGAGACAGUAAAAGGAAUGACUAACAUGGCUCUUGCUCAUGAAAUUGUAGUAAAUGGAGACUUUCAGAUUAAACCAGUUGAUUUACCGGAAAACAGCUUAAAGAAAAGAGUAAAGGAUAUUGUCCAUAAGGCAUUUUGGGAUUGCUUGAGUCACCAGUUAAGUGAAGACCCCCCGACCUAUGACCACGCCAUCAAACUUGUUGGAGAGAUCAAAGAGACUCUCUUAUCUUUCUUGCUGCCUGGCCACACUAGACUGAGAAACCAGAUAACAGAAGUCUUGGAUCUGGAUCUGAUAAAGCAGGAGGCCGAGAAUGGGGCCUUGGACAUUUCCAAGCUGGCAGAAUUCAUUAUUGGCAUGAUGGGGACACUGUGUGCACCUGUUCGAGAUGAGGAAGUUAAUAAACUGAAGGACAUUCAGGAAAUAGUGCCCCUUUUCAGAGCAAUUUUUUCUGUAUUGGACCUGAUGAAGGUGGACAUGGUGAACUUUGCUGUCAGUAGCAUUAGGCCACAUCUCAUGCAGCAGUCGGUAGAAUACGAAAGGACGAAGUUUCAAGAGCUUUUGGAGAAGCAGCCGAACGCGCUGGACUUUGUCACCCAGUGGCUCGAAGAAGCUGCAGAUGACCUUCUGAAUCAGAAGGGUAAAAAUGCCCUGCCCGCCGCGGGAGGGGCCGCCGGCCCCCGGGACGCCCCGGCCCCGAGCCCCACCACUGUCCAGAACCACGCGUACCUCAAGCUUCUGAAGUGGGACCACGUCCAGAGACCCUUCCCUGAAACAGUCCUGAUGGACCAGCCCCGCUUCCAAGAGUUCCAGCUCCAGCUGGAGUACCUGAGCCUCCUGGGGGCUGUGCUGCUGGUCACGUUCAGCAUGGCAGGCCCGGGGGUCUCCAGCCAGGCCGACUUCGCCGAGAAGCUCAAGAUGAUUGUGAAGAUUCUUCUCACAGACAUGCACCUGCCCUCUUUCCAUCUGAAGGAUGCCCUGACCACGAUCGGUGAGAAAGUCUGCCUGGAGGUGAGCAGCUGCCUUUCCCUGUGUGGGUUCAGCCCCUUCACCCUGGACAAGGAGACGGCGCUCAAGGGCCAAAUCCAAGCAGUGGCCAGUCCCGACGACCCAGUCCGCAGGAUCAUGGAUUCCCGAAUCCUGACCUUCUUAGAAACCUACCUUGCCUCGGGCCACCAGAAGUCAUUCCCCACAGUCCCGGGGGGGCUGGGUCCGGUUCAGAAAGAGCUGGAGGACGUUGCUGUGAAGUUUGUUCGCCUGGUCAACUACAACAAGAUGGUCUUCAGCCCCUACUAUGACGCGAUCCUCAGCAAGAUCCUGGCCAGAUCCUGACACAUGCGUGUCCCACCUCCAUCGCAGAAUUCCUCACUCAGCUCCCAGCACCCGUUCUCAACUCUAACAGUUGCUUCAGACGAUGGCUAUUUAGUAUAUUUCUAUUUAGCGGCACAGGUUUUCCAAAGGCAAGACUGUGGCAGAUCAACCGUUGAGAGGAACACGCCGGAAGACCACACCGAGUUCUCUUUUGAGAGUUUGUAUUUCUGAGUGCAAGUUUACACAUCAAAGAAGCUUUUUGUGAUUUCGAGAUUUGUGGGUAGCACUUUGCUUGGAAGGUGUCGGCUUCCUUGUGCCCCCACUCCGUCCUGAUUGGCGCUGCCUUGUCCCUCCACGAGGCUGGGACAUUAGGGUAGUUUUUCGUUCAGAAACCAAGACUAUGACACCCAAGAGUGGAGGCAACCAGGCAAUACACUUAGGGUUCUUACACCUCUGCUGGCUGGCCCCACUCCUCCCCCCAGAUAUUUUAUGUCCUGAGGGCUGCGUUUGGCCUUACUGCUUGCUUCCUUCCCUGUUUAUUGCAGUCUCUCUGCCCAAACUAGCUUGAACCCCAGGGCCCUUCUGUGUUCCAUACAAGAGUGACUUGGUUUUUAAUAAGUUACUUGAUUGGAGUCAGGGAUGAAUUCCGUGGUAGGGCUGCAUUCAAUCCCAGGCACUACCAAAACAGAGUCACUAGGUUUGAAAAGUUUUUCCUUUUCAGAGGCUGGAGCACCAUCGAGUAGGGAGGGCGUAUUUGCCUUCCAUGUGGUCAACCCGGGUUUGACCCCCCAGGCCCCAUGUAACCCUGCCAGAAGCAAGCCCUGAGCAUAGCUGGGAGUGGGUGCUAACCAAAACCCAAGGUUUUCUUUUAAAAUUAUCUAUUUAUUUAUUUAUUGGGGCAUGGGGGGGGGGACUACCUGGAAGUACUCGGGGCUUGUACCUGGCUCUGUGCUCAGGGGUCACUGUUGGUGACCAAGGGACCAUCAUACUUGGGGUGCGGGCGAUCAAAACCUAUGUUUUAAAUAUAUAUGGUAUCCUGGGGCCUGAGCAAUAGUCCAACUCGCAGGGCACUUGCCUUGCAUAUACCUGACCUGGGGUUAAUCCCUGGCUAA